AUGCAAACUCUAAAUCUUGAUCCUCGUCUUCUUCUUGUUCUUUUACUCUUUUCACAACUCUCAUGUUUUCAUAUCGUUGUACCAGUAUCCGCAAAAGUGCUUAUGAACAUAGAUUGUGGUUCUUCUUCACCGGAACCUUACACGGAUAAAUCUUCUCUCGUUUGGGUUGCGGAUGAUCAGUACGUAAAAACAGGCGAAACUAGAAAUGUCAUUACAAAGGAUUUACCACCUGCUUGGGAUUCUCAUGUUAUGAGCACCCUUAGGGAAUUCAGUAUUCUAAAAAAGAAUUGUUAUUCAUUAGAUGUUGAUAACAAAUCUGAAGAUAGUACCUCGGUUGAACGGGUUCUUCUUCGAGCUAGUUUCUUCUAUGGAAACUAUGACAAUAAAUCAAGUCCCCCGACUUUUCGUCUUCAAUUCAAUGGGAAUAACUGGACACAAGUUGUUACAUCGAUGGACCGAGUGGUAUAUCAUGAAGUGGUUUAUUCAUUGAACAGUAUAAGCAGUACUAUAAUUGUAUGUCUCGGCCAAACUAACGUGGAUAACUUUCCAUUUAUAUCGGCUCUAGAAGUACGAAGCUUGGAUUCAGACAUAUACAGUAGCUAUAGUGAUCCAAAUUAUCCCUUGUUUUUCGACAAAAGAGUUGCUUUUGGUGUCAGCACAACUGUAAGGUACCCUGAAGAUAGUUACGGCCGAAUUUGGAAUCCGAUUGAUAUACCAUCUACAGCUAAGGUUAGAAAUAACUCGACAUCCCUUGAAGUCAACAUCGGUGAUAGGCCUCCUGAUAUUGUGAUGAGGACUUCAGCAGUGAAUCUGAUUUCGUCUGCGAACAUAACUCUUCAAGGCAAAACAGAUUUUAGAGUUCCUUUUCAUAUCAAUAUAUAUUUCUCAGAAGUGAUGAUAUUAAGUUCUACUCAGAAACGAUCAUUUAGUGUCAUAGUUAACGGUUAUUUUUUUGCUGAUAAGAGUUAUCAAGAGUAUGGCCCUGUGAUUCCACCUUACGGACGUGCAUUGGAGGUUCGCUUUGAAAAUGUUACUGCUGAUCCUUUUGUUGGUAUAUUCAAAAUUGAAAUUGUCCCGACAAAGGAUUCAACUCUUCCGCCAUUGAUCAACGCGGUUGAAAAUUUCUAUAUUGGUGAUAAAUUAGUUCAAGGAACCAAUUCAAGUGAUGUGAUUUCAUUGGGGUUAUUGCAAAAGAGUUUCAUUCAACUUCAAGAUUGGACUGGUGAUCCUUGUUUGCCUUCACCAUAUACUUGGGAAUGGGUUGCUUGUGAUUCUGAUACUGAUUCUCCGCGAGUUAUAGCACUUUAUCUGAAUGAUCUUGGAUUGAUCGGCAGCCUACCGGAUUUUAGUGCAAUGGAUGCUCUCCAAACUAUAGAUUUCAGCAAUAACAAUUUGACACUAGCAAUUCCAGAGUUUCUAGGCACAUUGCCUAAACUUGAUUUGUUAAAUUUGGAAGGUAACAAUUUUUCUGGAGAGAUACCAUGUUCAUUGUUGAAGAAUAGCAAUCUAAAGUUAAGUGUAACUGGUAAUCCGAACUUGUCACUUAACAACAACACAUCAAUCUGCAAAAGUAAUAUUGAAUCAAGGAUUCCUUCAGCGAGCAACAGCCAAAACUGUAUAACGACUUUACUACCAAUAAUUAUACUUGGAAGUAUAUUGAUCCAAAUGCUAAUGUAGUAGUAGAUCUUCUGAACCCCAAUAUGCGGCAAUAAAUAUCCUCUUUGAAACCAUUACUCAAAAUAUUUUAAAGUCAUUAAUCUACUGUUUUUCUUGGUCUUUCA